AUGGCGUCCAGCUCCCCCGUGGUGAACGGGGACAUCUCCCGGGGUCCUAGCUCCCACCCCGGCCACAGCCCCACCACAGGCACCCUGGAGGAAACGCUGCAGCAGAUGAACCGCCUCAUCCAGGAGAACCGAGAGCUGAAGGGUGAGACAUGGUCCUCUGUAGCUCAGCUGGUAGAGCACGGCGCUUGUAACACCAAGGUAGUGGGUUCGAUCCCCGGGACCACCCAUACACAAACAUUUAUGCACGCAUGACUGUAAGUCGCUUUGGAUAAAAGCGUGUGCUAAAUGGCAUAUUAUUACAUGGAGAGGGGACCAGAAUGUGGUUCAGCCUUAUUAAAGCUUAUUGAGAAUCUACUGUAUGGGGCAGGGACAUUGGGAUGUUAUGGCAUAUGAGGUUAUGAUUGUCUUGCAUUGGCUGAUUAUGUAUUGACUGCUCUGUCAGUGUGUGUGUUUUUGUGUAUUCUACAGUAAUGUACUCCCUGUGUAUCUUCCCCUGUAGAGGCGCUGAAGCAGACCAACAUGUCGAUGAAGGAGCGCUUCGAGGGUCUUUCUGUGUGGAGGGAGAAGCAGAGGGAGGAGAAGGAGUUCCUGGAGGGGAGGCUGGAUGAGGCUCGCGGCCGCAUGGAGGCCCUCUCCUUACACAACCAGGAGCUCAGCAGGAAGGUGGAGGAGCAGGAGGGAGGAGGAGGUGCAGAGGGGAAGGGACAGGUGAGAGAAAGGGAAGGCAAAUGUUCCAAAUGUUAGUUCUCUGGCUAGACCACAUAUUCAGCUUAUUAAUAGAGAAAAUCAUGUAUGGAGGAUUGUCUGUAGAUUUAGCUAGAUUUUGUAUAACAAAAGAAGAGGCUUGGAAAAUAAAGAUGGAGUGUUUUAGUAGAAUAUUGAUAAAUAUAUAUACUGCUGGGCAGACUGUUUUGUCCUAUCUGUGCUGUGUCACCUCCAGGACGGGACAGCCAAUCAUAAUGCAGAACUGGAGGCACUGCGUGCCCAACUGGUGCGUCUGCAGGCGGAGAAAAGUGACCUGGUGGCCAUGAACUCUGAACUCCAGCUCAAGACAGGUCAGGGGUCAGAGGAUGACUCCUUCAUAGAGAUCAGGAUUGCUGUGAGUAGCACUCACUCUCUCCAUCCAGCCAUCCAUAUUAUAAGGGUGUGUUCUUACUUUAGCACUGCUGUGUGUGUGUGUGUGUGUGUAGAGAGAGGAUACUGGAAAGGACCUGUAUCAUAAUGAAAAGGACUCCAGGUAUGACAUGAGUGCGUCCAGGCAGGAGUCUGAGGAGCUGACUGUCAGCCAGCUGCUCCAGUCCCUGAGGAAGGAGACCCAGAGGGUGGAGAGGCUACAAAUCGAGCUCGAGGCUGCUAGAUCCAGGUAGGCCGCAUUUCUGCCUGGGCUUAUGUUUGGGUGGAACCAAAGACUGAUGUUCCUAUGUCUUUCAGAAUCACAGAGCUGGAGGAGAAGGAAACUAACACGGAGAGCUCCACACAGACCUCACUACUGCCAGAGGUGGUUUCCCCAGCGCUAGCCACCACAGCAUGUGGUACUGAGCCUGAACCAGAGGAGGAGCCCCAACAGAACUCUGGGAAGGAGAAGGUAUAUACACAGAUAGGCUGGGUAAGAGCUUGUCUCUCACCCUGUAAGAACAGGGAAGUUAUUGAGAUUGAACUGUAUUAAUGUACAGUAUGUAAUAGGGAUUUUCCAGGUGAAUAAAAUAAGUCUCAUAUAAAGUAAAUUAAUCUGGUUUAAUACAAGUUGCAACAGGGAGACACCUCCAGCACAAAAGCAGAGAAGCAGGGCCUUAUUUUCUAAUCUCACAGCACCAAUGUUCUGGAAACACCCGCCGAGAAGCUUGUAGGAAGUCACAACAUCAGCUGCUAUAGAAUGACAGUGUCCCAGAAUACAAUAACAAUCAGUGUCCUCUGUCCUUGCACCUCCAGUCUGGCGUCAAUCACAAUCAACAGAUAUGAGAACAAUCCAUAACAUUCAGUAUCAAGUCUAGUGACCAUCAACCAGUACACAAAUGAGUGUCCCAAAUAAAACACUGGAAAUCAUGUGUAUUACAGAAAAGGGAAAACAUAUAAAUAUGCUAAGCAUUGUGUUAAUUACUCUUAACUUUAUUCAUCUUAAAUGUCCCCAUUACAAUGUCCUAACCCUUAGCUUCUCGAUCAGAACUGUCAGUUUGUUGAUGGACUGUUGUGUCUGUUCUGUGUCAGGCUGCGUCAGAGGUGGAGCAUCUGAAGGCUCAGAUGAUGACCCUGUUUAAUGAGCUACAACAGGCUCAGCGCAAACUGGACGACGCAGAGGGCAUGAAGAAGAACCUGCAGGACAGGUGAGAGACAGAGGAAAGAGAGGCAGAGGAGAAGAGAUGCAAUGAAAAUGUGUAAACUAUACUAACCUUUGCUCUUUCCCUUUCCCCCUUUCCACCCUUUCACUUUGCCUCUAUCCUGCUCUCUGUCUUUCUCUCUCUCCCCAUUCCCCCUUUCUCUCUCCGUCUGUGUAGAUGCAGGGAUGUGGAGCAGGAUGUGGUGACUCUGAAAGCCCAGCUGGUAGAGAAGCAGGAGGUUCAGAGUGAGAAUGACAGAUUGAAGCUGCAGGUGGACAGCAUGAAGGCCCAGGGCCAGCUAGAGCAGAGGAAAGCAGGAGAGGAGAGGUGGGACGACAGUCAAGCACGCACGCACACACACACACACACACACACACACACACACUGCCUACUCCCUCUUACACUAUUGGGCCAGUCCCUUGGGUGGGGUCUUGGGAUGGAAAUUCCCUGCUCCUCUUUUGAAAUCCUCCCACGCCCCCUGUCCCCUAUCAGUUUCCACUGGUCAGUGCCAUUAGUUUCUAUAUCUAAAUACUCCUUAGUCAUCAUGAGUCAGUUGCCCCUCCUCCCCUCCUCAGGACUAACCUGACCCAGCUGAAGGAUGCCUACACCAAGCUAUUCGAGGACUACAACGAGUUGAAGCAAGAGAGCAAGAACAGAGAGGUGACCACACUACUUAGCCUCUGUUAAACAGAAAUCAGUCUAGUUUGGCGCUUUGCACUGUUUUGUCGUUUGUCAAAAUGGUAUGGCAUGGUGAAUGGGAUGAAUCUGACCCUUGCCCUCUGUGUGGCCUUCAGCCACUGGUCACUAAGGAGGUGGGAGACCUGCAGACCAGACUGGGCGCAGCAGAGAAGGCCCUGGCUGCUAAGCAACAGCAGAUAGAUGUCAUGAAGCAAGAGAUAUAUCAGAAGGAGAAGGAGCUGGAGACCAUCUCUGUGUUCCAGGCUCAG